AGCUCGCGACGAGGGUUGGGUAAUAACCCAUCGGCGAACUUGCGCGCUUGCCUCGAAUUUGAAAUCCCCGCCGUUGGUCUCGUUUCGUUUAUAGGGCGAGAGCGGAGCGCGCUCUGGGAAGCGCCAUUUCCAAAUGUCGCGGCGCAGCGGCGGAGGCCGCAUGAUCCGGGUGCUGAACGUGGCGGAGAAGCCGUCGGUGGCGAAGGCGGUGGCGGAGAUCUUGUCGCGCGGCAGCGGAGGGAUGCGGUCGAGGCUGGGGCGGUCGCGGUACAAUCGGGUGUUCGAGUUCGAGUACACCAUUGGCAGUCAGGCGUGCCACAUGCUUGUCACCUCCGUCAUCGGCCACCUCAUGGAACUCGAGUUCGAUGACCGCUUCCGCAAGUGGCACUCCUGCGACCCCGCCGACCUCUACCACGCCCCCGUGCGCAAGCACGUCCCUCAGGAUAAGUUGGACAUCAAAAUUACUUUGGAGGAGGAAGCAAGGAGAUGCCAGUGGCUUGUUCUGUGGCUGGACUGUGAUAGAGAGGGUGAAAAUAUUGCCUUUGAAGUCAUAGAAGUUUGCACAUCUGUCAAUGAUCAUCUCAACAUUUGGAGGGCUCAUUUCUCUGCAUUAAUCGAUCGGGAAAUACACCAUUCUGUGCAGAAUCUUGCACGACCCAACAAAUUAUUCUCAGAUGCAGUAGAUGCCAGGCAGGAAAUUGAUCUCCGAAUAGGUGCCUCCUUUACUAGGUUCCAAACUAUGCUACUAAAAGACUUAUUUGUUCUCGAUUUUGCCAGUGAUAAUAGGAGUCUUGUACUAAGCUAUGGUCCAUGUCAGUUCCCUACUCUUGGUUUCAUUGUGGAAAGAUAUUGGGAAAUACAAUCCCAUGAAGCUGAAGAAUUUUGGACAAUUAACUGUUCUCAUACUUCAGAAGAGGGAACUGCUAAUUUUAUUUGGAUGCGUGGCCAUUUAUUUGACUACACUAGUGCUGUUGUAAUUUAUGAGAUGUGCGUUGAAGAACCAGCUGCAACUGUUAAAAAUGUUAAACACCAGGAGAAGUUGAAGUAUCCUCCAUAUCCUUUGAGUACAGUUGAACUUCAGAAACGUGCCUCCAGAUUUUUCAGGAUGAGUUCGGAGCACACAAUGAAGAUAGCAGAAGAACUUUAUCAGGCUGGAUUCAUUAGCUACCCUCGUACUGAGACUGAUGGCUUCUCAGUGAACACAGACUUACAUGCCAUUGUGCGGGAGCAAGUAACACAUCCAAUUUGGGGUUCAUAUGCGCAACAACUUUUGGAUGUAGAAGCAAGGCUUUGGAGAAACCCUAGCAAUGGUGGGCAUGAUGACAAGGCCCACCCUCCUAUUCAUCCAACAAAAUUCUCUGCUGGUGAAACAGGGUGGAGCCAAGACCACAAUAGAUUGUAUGAGCUUGUUGUACGUCAUUUUCUUGCAUGCGUCUCACAACCUGCAGUUGGAGCUGAAACUACAGUUGAAAUUGACAUUGCUGGUGAACAGUUUUCUGCAUCAGGACGUGUGAUAAUAGCUAAAAAUUACUUGGAUGUUUAUCGGUUUGAAUCAUGGGGAGGUAAUAUAGUUCCUACAUACACAAUCGGGCAACAGUUUAUUCCAACCAGUUUGACCCUUGAUUCAGGGGUGACCAGACCACCUCCUCUUCUAAGUGAAGCUGAUCUACUUAGUUGUAUGGACAAGGCAGGAAUUGGCACUGAUGCGACAAUGCACGAUCACAUUAAAAAGUUACUUGAUCGGUGCUAUGCAACAAAAGAUUCAAAUACUCGUUUCUCACCGACAAACCUAGGUGAAGCAUUAGUGAUGGGCUAUGAUGAGAUGGGGUAUGAACUUUGGAAACCCUAUCUCAGAGCGAUGAUGGAGUGUGAUAUGAAAGCAGUAAGCAUAGGUACAAAGAGGAAAUCUGAGGUUUUAGAGAGCUGCUUACAACAGAUGAAAGCUUGUUUUCUAGAUGCAAGGCGAAAUAAAGUGAAACUCCUGGAAGCAAUGGGUUUAUUCUUUGAGAGAUCUGCUGGGGAUGCACAUAAUGUUGGAGAGACUGUAAGGCCAUGUAGUUUAUGCAGUGAAGCUGACAUGGUGCUGAAGCGAAGACUGAAUGGUGAUUAUAUGGUGGGAUGUUUGCGCUUUCCUAAUUGUAGGAAUGUAGUAUGGCUUCCAGGAUCAAUAUCAGAAGCAGCUGUGACCAAUCAUGUUUGCUCCAGUUGUGCUCCAGGUCCUGUUUACAAGGUUCAGUUUAAGUUUCGAAGACUGGAGAUUCCUCCAAAUUAUGAUGUUGAUCAUUUGGGUUGUAUUGGUGGCUGUGAUGUGAUACUGAGAGAACUAAUUGAGAUUUGUGGAACAGGAUCUCAUAAUCAUACUGGCAUGUCAGCGAGAGGUCAGCGAGGCACAGAGCCUCUGAGCAGUGCAAGUAGAGGUAAUUCAAGGCAGGAGCCCUGUCUGCACUGUGGACAAACAGGGCAUUCUUCAAAUCAUUGCCCUUCCCAGGAUUCCUCCUGCCCACGUGCUGCUCAACCUGCCCGAGUCCGGAAUGCUAGAAUUAUUUCAGGUGAAGUCCAGUGUAACUCAUGUGGAGCAACUUGUGCAUUGCGAACUGCUAAUACAGAAAGUAAUAGAGGAAGGAAGUUCUACACCUGCCAAUCACAAGAAUGCGGCUUUUUCGUAUGGGCAGACAGCUUGGAAGAUGGUGGAACACGAGGACAUGGUGGAUCCCGUGGGGGCAACGGCAGGUCAUCUUCCACGGCGAGGAGAGGUGGUCGCGCCCGGGGACGGCGAAAUACACCUACUAAUGGUGUUACAUUCGUAUCGGCAACCGGUGAGCCAGCAUCUGGAAGCUGCUUCGUGUGUGGUGAUCCCUCACAUUUCGCAAACGCCUGCCCAAAUCGUGGCAGGUGACAUGAGUGUCAUAUUCAUGCAGAAUUCUGGCUUUUGCUGCGUUAUUCGAGUUCACGAACGUCAUCUGGUCUUUGCAUCAACAGAUUGUCAUUAUUCCACCUUUUGUUUUAGUUGAAGGUUUAUGAGAAGUAAAAGCCGAUGCUCCUUGUGAAAUAUAUUUUUUAAUUUGAGAGGAAAAAACAAAAUUAUAUUUUUUUAAUUUGAAUCUGCUUUUUACAAAUUUAAACGAUGGUAAAAGAUCAUCAAUGCUCAAAUUUUAAAAUUUUAAAUAAAGCUUAUACA